GCCAGCUCCAGGUCCAGAAAUGAAUAGGACACCUAGACUGCUACAGGGCCCACUUAAAUGAUCAUGGGGCGACGGGGACUCAUGGCCACUCCACAGCAGGCAUGGGAGCACCCAAGGUUGGCUGGGGUGCACAUCAUAAACCCCCCACUUGUUAACAGCGCAGGGCCCAAGGGCGCUUCCAAAUAGACUCUUGCAUGAGAGGGUUACAGGUUCAAGAGACAGGUCCCCCGACUGCCACUUUGAGGCAGCCCCCCACAGUUCCGGCCUUUGGGCCAUAGGUGUCAGGCGUGCGUCUUCUGGCCCAUCAAUACAGAUUACAUAUUUAUAUCAAUCGCGGGCUUCGAGGGCGCCCUCAGAGAGCGGCCCCGCGCCUACGAAACCAAACUGGGAGUGGUCGCGUGGAAACUCUGGCUCGGGAUUGGCUGCAGGCGCCCGCCGCGGUGCGGGGGGAUUGCUAAUCGUAUUCAGCAUGUUUUGCACAAGAAAUGUCAGCCAGAAAGGGCUAUCUGCUCCCUUCGCCAAAUUAUCCCACAACAAUGUCAUGCUCGGAGAGCCCUGCCGCGAACUCUUUUUUGGUCGACUCGCUCAUCAGCUCAGGCAGAGGCGAGGCGGGUGGCGGUGGCGGUAGCGCGGGGGGCGGUGGAGGCGGCUACUACGCCCACGGCGGGGUCUACCUGCCGCCUGCCAGCGACCUUCCCUACGGGCUGCAAAGCUGCGGGCUCUUCCCCGCCCUGGGCAACAAGCGUAAUGAGGCGCCGUCGCCCGGAGGCGGUGGCGGUGGUGGCGGCGGGGGCCUGGGUCCCGGGGCCCACGGCUACGCGCCCGCGCCCCUAGACCUGUGGCUGGAUGCGCCCCGUUCCUGCCGGAUGGAGCCGCCCGACGGGCCGCCGCCACCGCAGCCACAGCCCCAGCAGCAGCAGCAGCCGCCGCCGCCCCCGCCGCAGCCACCCCAACCCCCGCCACAGGCCACUUCGUGUUCUUUUGCGCAGAACAUCAAAGAAGAGAGCUCCUACUGCCUCUACGAUUCUGCGGACAAAUGCCCCAAAGGCUCGGCCGCCGCCGAUCUGGCCCCUUUCCCGCGGGGCCCGCCGCCCGACGGCUGCGCCCUGGGCGCCUCCAGCGGAGUGCCAGUGCCGGGCUACUUCCGCCUGUCGCAGGCCUACGGCACGGCCAAGGGCUUCGGCAGCGGCGGCACGCAGCAGCUCGCUAGUCCCUUUCCUGCGCAGCCCCCGGGGCGCGGCUUCGACCCGCCGCCCGCACUGGCCUCUGGCUCGGCCGAGGCAGCCGGGAAGGAGCGAGUCCUAGACUCCACGCCACCACCCACGCUGGUUUGCGCCGGUGGCGGAGGCUCGCAGGCCGACGAGGAGGCGCACGCGUCAUCCUCGGCGGCUGAGGAGCUGUCCCCGGCCCCUUCCGAAAACAGUAAAGCCUCUCCGGAGAAGGACUCCCUGGGCAAUUCCAAAAGUGAAAAUGCAGCCAACUGGCUCACUGCAAAGAGCGGCCGGAAGAAACGCUGCCCUUACACGAAGCACCAGACGCUGGAGCUGGAGAAGGAGUUUCUAUUCAACAUGUACCUUACUCGAGAGCGGCGCCUAGAGAUCAGCCGUAGCGUCCACCUCACGGACAGACAAGUGAAAAUCUGGUUUCAGAAUCGCAGGAUGAAACUGAAGAAAAUGAACCGAGAAAACCGAAUCCGGGAGCUCACAGCCAACUUUAAUUUUUCCUGAUGAAACUUCCCAGACAACGCGUUUUCGCUUCCCGAGCGCCUGUACCCAUCCUUCUGCCUCCUGCCUCUGCCCCAGAACUCGCACCUGUGCCGGAGCCCCAUUUCUCCCUCCCACACUCGCCAUCUCCCAGGCCGUUUCGUCUGUGCAGGGCUGGUUCGUUCUGGCUUUUUGUUUCUUUGUCUGUUUGCUUGGUGUUGGUUUACUUGUUUUCUGGGGGAAAAAGCCAUAUCGCUACAAUUCUAUAGAGGUUGAGAUCGUUCUCACUGUCAAGUCCUGUCUGGGCUGGGUUUGCUGCCUCUGGGACCCACUGCUAGAAAGGGGCUACUCCUCCACGGAUCUAGUUUCCUGCCUAGUCCUGGGUAAAUUUAGCCGGAAGCCCUAGGUCCCAUUGUCGGCGCUGAGGUGUCUGGCCUGAGGUCAAUGGUGCAAGGAGCCGCCACCGGGUUCGCCAGCCUGGAGUGCUGGGCUGUGUUUAAUCAGGGAGUCCAGGCCUGGUUUCUCUUUUCUUCCUUCUUUUCUUCCUUGGCCAAGAGCAGAGUAUGGAAGCGUGGACAUUCAGGUUAGCUAAAGGGCUUGACCUGGCUGGUUGAAAGAGUGAAAAAGAAAUAAUCAGAAAGAUUAAUUUUUUCCUUCUUCUGUACGCUCGCCCAGCUUUAAGUGAAAAUUAAAAUGGGCAAGAGAAAGAAACCUUUCUUCCCGUUUGCCCAAGGUCUUGCUUGCCUGACUAAAAUCCUUCUUUCACCUUUGAAUUUCCAUACCCUGGCUGUUGAUAAAUAAUGCAGGUUUGUUUGUACAUGUGGAAUUAGUGGAGUUUCGUCAUUAAAACUGUUACCAGUUGGUAACACGUGAAAAGCACACCACAAUUCUCCCUACUUAAUGGAGUUGGGCCUUUUUGUUUGUUUGUUUGUUUGUUUGGCUUUAAUUCACUUUUUGUUUUGUUUUAUUUUGUAGGCUUUCUGAAAUUCAUGGAAGCUUAGGUGGGCUGGGGCAAGCAGAAAAAACGAGAGAAGGGAGAUAUUGUUUGGAUUUCCUUUAUACUGUGAAGUUACAUGCAUAAAAGGGUCAAACCUGUAGGUGCAGAAAAGAAAAAAAACUAUAAAUACAAAUCUGUAUAAAUGUCUAUUAUGAAAAAUUGCCAAUCUUGUUUAAGCAAAUGCAUUCUAUCGUUAUUAUAAAUGUUAGUUCUAGCUUUAUUUACUUCAAAUCUUAAAUCAGAAUAAAUUAAUAUUGUAUUGCUGCUGUGCGUGGAAAAAGAUGAUGUUUAUGUUCUUAUAGAAUAAAAGCUGUGGAAUGAAGCUUUUUAAUUU